AUGGACAGGCAGGAAGUGUGUUUUCUUGUACUCUUGGACUUAAGCUCAGCGUUCGAUACAAUUGAUCACAAAACUAUCAUUGACGUAUUGGAGUAUCAAUUUGGAGUGACGGAUAGGGCUCUUGAAUGGAUAAAAUCAUAUCUAUUGAACAGGAAACAGAGAGUUGAUCUGGAUAACAAUUUUUCUGAAGACUGCGAUGUUAA